GCAAUAUUCUCUCUCGCCCGAGCGUCAGCACGGUGUUGAGCCGAGAUCGACACGCAAGCAUCGCAGAAAAGCUCGUCGAUUUGGCCGGAAAAAUCUCAACAAAAUCAACUGUAAACCGUCCAACUUUUUGGUCGACACAGAGCUGAUGCAUUAUAGACAAGACUGAAGUCUCACCUAUCCGUUUUUGUGGCUUUUGCGAGACUGAUUUUGAAGCAUUCCGGAUGUAAUUUUUUACACAACUCGCUUUUUGCGAUUGUUGCACAAUAAACCCACACUUGUGCAAAGUGCUGCGUGUGCACAAAACAGCACCCGUUUCUUCAUACGUGGUUAAAAGAAAAAACCCAAAAUGUCGCUUCAAUUUCAUGAUUCUAAAGCCCCAAUGCGUGAUGUCAGGAGGGUGCAGUUUGGUGUUCUAAGCCCUCAUGAAAUUAAACGCAUGUCGGUCGUUGAGGGCGGCAUUCGCUACGCAGAAGUCAUGGAGGGCGGAAAACCAAAGCUGGGCGGCCUGAUGGACCCUCGGCAAGGUUGCGUCGACCGACAGUCAAGAUGCCAGACUUGUGCAUGCAACCAAGUGGACUGCCCUGGGCAUUUUGGACACAUCGAGCUGUCCAAGCCUGUGUUCCAUCCGGGGUUCCUGACUAAGUCUGUGAAGGUUUUACGCUGUGUCUGCUUUUUCUGCUCCAAACUUCUUGUUGACCAGUCCCACCCCAAAGUGAAGGAGAUCCUGAGUAAAUCAAAGGGUUACCCCCGAAAGCGUCUCGCUCACGUCUACGAUCUCUGCAGGGGAAAGAAGAUGUGUGAAGGAGGUGAAGAAAUGGACCAGACCUUCAAUGCUGACCUCGCUAAGAGGGAGGGGGAGACACCAGAACCCAGGGCACAGGGCCACGGUGGCUGCGGCAGAUACCAACCGCAGAUCCGACGAACCGGCCUGGACCUGACUGCCGAAUGGAAGCACGUCAACGAAGACACCCAGGAGAGGAAGAUCAACCUCACUGCCGAGCGCGUCCAUGAAAUCUUCAAGCGCAUCUCGGACGAGGAGAGUAACAUUCUGGGGAUGGACCAGAAGUACACCCGGCCAGACUGGAUGAUCGUCACCGUGCUGCCAGUGCCCCCGCUGUGUGUCCGACCGGCAGUGGUCAUGUUCGGCUCAGCCAGAAACCAGGAUGAUCUGACCCACAAACUGGCUGACAUCAUCAAGGCCAACAACCAGCUGCAGAAGAAUGAGCAGAAUGGUGCUGCAGCACACAUCAUCGCUGAAGACACAAGGAUGUUGCAAUUUCACGUGGCAACGCUAACAGACAAUGAGCUUCCUGGACUUCCAAGGGCGAUGCAAAAGUCGGGUCGGCCACUCAAGUCCGUCAAACAGAGACUGAAGAGUAAAGAGGGGCGUAUCCGCGGUAACCUGAUGGGUAAGCGUGUGGAUUUCUCCGCCCGUGCUGUCAUUACUCCCGAUCCCAACCUCUCCAUCGACCAGGUGGGCGUGCCCAGAACAAUCGCCUCAAAUCUGACCUAUCCAGAGAUUGUCACACCCUUCAACAUUGACAAACUACAGGAACUGGUCCGAAUCGGUCACAACCAGUACCCAGGCGCCAAGUACAUCAUCAGAGACAACGGGGAGCGUGUGGACCUCAGAUUCCACCCCAAGACGAGUGAUCUUCACCUGCAGUGUGGCUACAGGGUGGAGCGUCAUCUGCGCGACGACGACGUAGUCAUCUUCAACAGACAGCCAACCCUUCACAAAAUGUCCAUGAUGGGUCACAGAGUCAAGAUUCUUCACUGGUCAACGUUUCGCCUCAAUCUCAGUGUAACAACUCCCUACAACGCUGACUUUGACGGUGACGAGAUGAACCUCCACGUUCCCCAGUCCAUGGAGACGAGGGCAGAGGUCACCGAGAUCAUGAUGGUACCCCGUCAGAUGGUAACCCCACAGUCUAACCGACCCGUCAUGGGUAUUGUGCAGGACUCGCUCACGGCGACGAGGAAAUUCACCAAACGUGACGUCUUUUUGCAGAAGGAAGAGCUGAUGAACCUCCUGAUGUGGCUCCCAAACUGGGACGGCCACAUCCCCCAGCCGGCCAUCAUCAAGCCCCGCCCCCUCUGGACUGGCAAGCAGAUGAUGACGCUCAUCAUCCCGUCCAAUAUCAACCUCGUCAAAACUCACAGCACCCAUCCCGAUGAGGAGGAUAAGGGGCCUUACAAGUGGAUCUCCCCAGGAGACACUAAGGUGCUUAUUGUGAACGGGGAACUCAUCUCGGGCAUCGUCUGCAAGAAGACGAUCGGUGCGUCGGGAGGUUCACUCGGCCACGUCAUGUUCAUGGAGAAGGGACACGAGAUCACCAGAGACUUCUACGGCAACAUUCAGACUGUCGUCAACAACUGGCUCCUACUGGAGGGUCACAGUAUCGGUAUCGGUGACUGUAUCGCCGAUGCGCAGACCUACGAGGACAUCCAGAAUACGAUCCGCAACGCUAAGCAAGAAGUGAUUGACGUCAUUGAGAAAGCUCACAAUGACGAACUGGAACCCACCCCAGGAAAUACACUCAGACAGACAUUUGAGAACCAGGUGAAUCGUAUUCUGAACAACGCUCGUGACAAGACCGGAGGCAGCGCUCAGAAGAGCUUGUCUGAAUUCAACAACUUCAAGUGCAUGGUGGUAGCUGGAUCCAAGGGGUCUAAAAUCAACAUCUCACAGGUCAUUGCGUGUGUGGGUCAACAGAACGUGGAGGGAAAGCGUAUCCCGUUUGGUUUCCGCCAUCGUACCCUGCCCCAUUUCAUUAAGGACGAUUACGGCCCGGAGAGUCGAGGCUUCGUGGAGAACUCCUACCUUGCCGGGUUGACCCCGUCCGAGAUGUUCUUCCACGCCAUGGGUGGCCGAGAGGGACUUAUUGAUACUGCCGUCAAGACUGCUGAAACUGGUUACAUCCAGCGGCGUCUCAUCAAGGCUAUGGAGAGCGUCAUGGUACGUUACGACGGUACCCUGCGCAACAGCAACGACCACCUGGUGCAGCUUCGGUACGGAGAGGACGGACUAGACGGCACCAAGGUGGAGUUCCAGAACCUACCCACGCUCAAACCCUCUCACAAGGCGUUCGAUAAGCGCUUCAAGUUUGACUGCACUAACGAGAGAGCUCUGCGCCGCCAGCUGAAUGAGGACAUCGUCAAGGAUGUUGUCGCCAACGCUCACGUCCACCUCGAGAUCGAGAAAGAGUUUGAGCAGCUGAAAGAGGAUCGGGAGAUCAUGAGGAAGAUCUUGCCCACUGGUGAAGCAAAGGUGGUUUUGCCAUGUAACCUGGACCGCAUGAUCUGGAAUGCCCAGAAGAUUUUCCACAUCAACACACGCCACCAGACGGACCUGCACCCCAUGAAAAUUGUUGAAGGGGUUCGCGAUCUGUCCAAGAAGUUGGUCGUCGUCAAAGGCGAGGAUAGGAUCAGUAAACAGGCUCAGUUGAACGCCACUAUGCUGUUCAACAUGCUCCUGCGUUCUACGCUCUGCGCAAAACGCGUCAUCGACGAACACCACAUGACCAUGGAGUCGUUCGAUUGGCUGUUGGGAGAGAUCGAGACAAGAUUCAACCAGGCCUUGGCGCAUCCCGGCGAGAUGGCAGGUCCGCUAGCUGCCCAGUCUCUCGGCGAGCCCGCCACCCAGAUGACCCUAAACACCUUUCACUACGCCGGUGUGUCUGCUAAGAACGUCACCCUGGGUGUACCCCGCCUCAAGGAGAUCAUCAACAUCUCCAAGAAACCCAAGACGCCCUCGCUGACUGUCUUCCUCGUCGGCCAGGCUGCAAGGGACGCUGAACGAGCCAAGGAUAUCCUUUGUCGUCUCGAGCACACAACCCUCCGCAAGGUGACGGCGAACACCGCCAUCUACUACGACCCCAAGCCUGAGAACACCGUCAUCGUGGAGGAUCAGGACUGGGUCAACCUCUACUACGAGAUGCCCGACUUUGACCCCACCCGUAUCUCCCCGUGGCUGCUCCGCAUCGAGCUCGACCGCAAGCGCAUGACUGACCGAAAACUGACCAUGGAGCAAAUCGCUGAGAAGAUCAACGCUGGGUUUGGUGACGAUCUCAACUGCAUCUUCAACGACGAUAAUGCGGAGAAGCUGGUGCUGCGCAUCAGAAUCAUGAGCAGUGACGACGCUAAAUUUGGAGAGGAUGAGGAGCAAGUGGACAAGAUGGAGGACAACGUCUUCCUCCGUUGCAUCGAGUCCAACAUCUUGACAGACAUGACGCUGCAAGGCAUUGAGCAAAUUGCUAAGGUGUACAUGCAUCUGCCUCAGCAAGACAUGAAGAAACGCAUCAUCAUCACGGAGGAGGGAGAGUUCAAAGCCAUUCAAGAAUGGCUCUUGGAGACGGACGGCACCAGCAUGAUGAAGGUCCUUAGUGACCCAGAGGUCGACCCGGUCCGAACCUUCUCCAACGACAUCUGUGAGAUUUUCCAGGUGCUCGGUAUCGAAGCGGUCCGCAAGUCAGUGGAGCGUGAGAUGAACCACGUGAUCUCCUUUGACGGCUCCUACGUUAACUACCGCCAUCUUGCCUUGCUUUGUGACGUCAUGACUGCAAGGGGUCAUCUUAUGGCUAUUACGCGUCACGGUAUCAACAGACAAGAUGUGGGCGCCCUCAUGAGGUGCUCCUUUGAGGAAACGGUGGAUAUCUUAAUGGACGCCGCAGCCCACGCCGAGGUGGACCACCUCAAGGGUGUCUCAGAGAACAUCAUGCUGGGCAAGCUAGCUGGCGUAGGCACUGGGUCAUUCGCCUUGCUGCUGGAUGCAGAGAAGUGCAAACACGGCAUGGAAAUACCAAUGGGAAUGGGCGGAGGACUAGGUGCGAUGACUGGGAUGUUCUUCGGAUCAGCGGCAUCACCGUCGGCCAGUAUGUCCCCACAGAUGACCCCCUGGAACCAAGGGGCAACCCCAGCCUAUGGAGUCGCCUGGUCACCAAUGGGAAGUGGAAUGACACCCGGUGCUGCUGGCUUCAGUCCUUCAGCUCAAUCAGACGCAAGUGGGUUCAGCCCAGGCUACAGCCCUGCCUGGUCCCCCCAGCCAGGCUCCCCAGGAUCCCCUGGACCGGUCAGCCCCUACAUCCCAUCUCCAGCCAGCCCAAUGUCUCCGAGCUAUUCCCCAGCGUCGCCAUCGUACAUCACUGGCUCGCCUGCGACACCACAGAGCCCUGGCUACUCGCCAACAAGUCCCUCCUACUCACCGUCGAGUCCUGGCUACUCGCCGACCAGCCCGAGUUACUCGCCGACCAGUCCCAGCUACUCUCCAACGAGUCCUAGCUACUCGCCAACAAGUCCCAGCUACUCGCCAACGAGCCCUAGCUACUCCCCAACCAGUCCGAGCUACAGUCCGACCAGCCCAAGUUACAGCCCGACGUCACCGAGUUAUAGCCCUACGUCACCAAGUUACUCACCAACGAGUCCGUCAUACAGUCCGACCUCGCCCAGCUAUUCCCCAACCUCCCCUAGCUACAGCCCAACUUCACCAAGUUACAGCCCCACCUCGCCAAGUUACUCGCCAACCAGUCCAAGUUACUCGCCGAGCUCUCCGAAGUACUCGCCUACGAGUCCGAGCUAUUCACCAACAAGUCCGAGCUUCUCUGCCAAGUCCCCCAGCUACAGUCCCACAUCACCAAGUUAUUCCCCCACAUCGCCCAGUUACAGCCCCACCUCCCCUGCUGGGUACUCCCCUCAGUCGCCCAGUUACUCUCCCGGUUCGCCCAGUUACUCCCCCUCAAGCCCCAAGUACUCCCCGUCCAGCCCGUCAUACAGCUCGACCUCCCCGGGUUACAGUGGGGCAUCCCACUUCACCCCGACCUCGCCAGAGUACAGCCCAACGAGCCCCACUUAUUCCCCUGCCAGUCCCAGCUACUCCCCAUCCAGCCCCAAGUACUCUCCAUCGAGUCCCAAGAAUUCCCCAUCCAGCCCGACCUACUCUCCGCAGACGCCCAAGUACAGCCCAACGUCCCCCUCCUACUCCCCAACGAGUCCCCAGUACAGUCCGGGCUCACCCUCAUACUCCCCAACCAGUCCGCAAGACACCUACUCUCCAAUGUCGCCCGGUUACUCCCCAGCUUCACCCUCAUAUAGCCCAAGUAGCCCAGAUAUUGAUGGCUCAGAUGAUUAACAACCUAUCAAGGCUAAAAAGGAUCUAUGUGGGGUCAGGGUACUUAUUAACACCUAUACUGAUUAUAGCAGUAUGACUAUCCCUGGUAAUGCA